AUUAUGACAAAGUUCUUGGCGACAGUUAAAGCAAUACUUACGCGCCUGGUGUUCGCAUCGCAUGGCUUUAUUGCUAUUUGGCAAGUGACAACUUUCAAGAAGAAUCCAUUUUUCUGGUACCUGAGUUGUCCCAUCGUGUUGCUGUUCUUCGAGGGCAUUUUUACGCUAACUAUAAAGGAAAGUCAAGAAUGGAAAUGGUUUUGCCCAUCUGUAUUUUUAUAUCUCAGUAGUGUGGUGCCCGCAAUUUGGCUAUUGGAAUUAGACAAAGUGGAUAGAAGACUAAAAUACCGCGAAUCGAAUAUUAAUAUAUCCGAGAAUUUCGAUUUAUCCAAUUUAGCAGCCGGUGAUUUGAAGCAUCUAGAAGAUGCUCUCGGCGUUGAUAUUCAAUUACCGGAUAUUCAGAUUUCUACGGAAACAUGGGUCACUUUGAUCGAACAAUUUUUAAUGUUGGUUCUAAUAAUCGGUCGCUGGAUGUUACCGAAGGGUGACUUAACUCGCGAUCAACUCAGUCAGCUUCUAUUGGUCUACAUCGGGACCGCGGCUGAUAUUAUCGAGUUCUUCGACUCCUUCAAGGAGGACAGAAUAGCGCGGGAGCCUGUGCUCGUCUAUCUAACUCUAAGCAUUUGGGCAUGGUCCCUGAUGCAAUUUACGGUCGUGCUAACUGCCACUAAAUCGAGAAAAUCUCGACUUUCUAGCAGCGUUCCCAAGAAGAAGACCCGGACGGAAACCAGCUGCUGCAGUAUCGAUGUGUGGGGAAUCGCCCUGAACAUGAUUCUUCAGGACGGACCGUUUCUGGCGUUUCGCUUGAUAUUGAUAAUUCAUUAUCAGAUAGUCAGUUACAUGAACAUAUUUUUCACAUGCAAAAAUACGCUUGUAAUAUUGCUGCAGUUGUACCGACUUUACGUUGUGCAAAGCGAAAAUAAAAGCAAACGGAGUAAGAAAUAUAACAAAAUGGAGAUGUCAAAUAUCAGCAUUAUUUCCCGAGGCGACAUGUACAAAGACGUAAGAAUGAAAAAUUCGCGAGAUGAUAAUAGGCAUAGAAGACGACGUGAUAGAGACAUAGAAGCAAAUUACAGUGAAACCGAAGAUUCGAUGGAGGAUAACGAUAAGUUUGAUUCAUCCCCCAGGAACGUUGCUUGCUCCAAACGGAAAAGUCGUCAAGAUACCGGAUACUCGACGUCGAGUUCCCGUAAUUCUAGCAAACAGAGUAAAUCGCAAAAACGCGAGAGGAAGAGAAGAUUGUCGCGUAAAGAGGAAAUGAGACACGAUACAUCUGACGAGGAGAGACGUAAGAGAAGAGAAGACAGAAAAUCUUCCGAGAGAAGUGAAAGGAAGUCGACAAAGAGUAAGAAUGACGACGGUCCUGGUAAAGCCCCUAAUCGGAAGUAUGACAGUGAAAAUGAAUCCUCCAGUGAAGAGCAAACCGAAAGUAAGACUAUCAGCAAAGACAGCGAAUCAGAAUUUGACAGAAACAGCGCUCGUAAAUACACGCAUCGCAAGCGGAGGCAGGACAGAGAUUGACAGCGGAAUUUGGGUAUUAUAGCAUUGUUGUUCAUUUAUUCUGCAAUUUUUAUCAAUUGCAUCCUAUUUAUAUAUGCUGGAAUUAAUAACGGCAUAAUAUUAAUUACGAAAACGAGAC